UACAGGAAUCGUGUUUUUAAGUGGCAUGCGCGCCCGGCAACACUUCACUACCCUUGUGUGUGUGACAAUCCUGACAUUUAGUGUUUAGUUGGGCAUCCGAGUGGCCCACGGCCGCUUCGUACUGCUCUUAAGCAGAAGGCAUGGCUGUAUCAAGUCCUUUAAACAUUAGGCCUUUGUUUACUGGUUACCCUUUCCAAGGUCAAGGCCGUGUAAAUCAAUUAGGAGGAGUGUUUAUCAACGGCCGGCCCCUUCCCAAUCAUAUUAGGUUGAAAAUUGUAGAAAUGGCCGCAGCAGGGAUCCGUCCAUGCGUUAUUUCGAGGCAAUUGAGAGUGUCGCACGGUUGUGUCUCCAAAAUCCUCAACCGCUACCAGGAAACUGGUAGUAUACGACCAGGAGUGAUAGGAGGGAGCAAGCCUCGUGUAGCUACACCAGAAAUAGAGAAGAAGAUUGAGGACUAUAAAAGAGAAAAUCCUAGUAUUUUCAGUUGGGAAAUAAGGGAUAAGUUAAUCAAAGAAGGAUUAUGUGAUAGGAGCACGGCCCCUUCUGUCAGUUCUAUCAGUCGUCUUCUUAGAGGAGGAACUGGGAAUGGAUUGAGAAGUUAUCGAGAGGACGAGAAAUUGGACAGUGUAGAAGGUCCCACUAAAGGAGGAGGACACAAGCAUACAAUAGACGGUAUCCUGGGAGAGAAAAAGGAUGAAAGGGAAAGCGAAGACGUGUGCCAUUCGGAUUGCGAUUCUGAACCCGGAUUGACAUUAAAAAGGAAACAGAGAAGGUCACGAACUACUUUCACUGCUACUCAAUUGGACGAAUUGGAGAAAGCCUUCGAAAGAACCCAAUAUCCGGAUAUUUAUACAAGGGAAGAGUUGGCCCAAAGAACUAAAUUGACAGAGGCACGAGUUCAGGUAUGGUUUAGUAAUCGUCGAGCCAGAUGGAGGAAACAGAUGGGCAGCCAGCAGCUAAAUGGAUUCAGUGCUUUGAGUCUACCUAUGGCAUUUCCGGCUAGUGGACCUUAUUUGUUAUCGGAUCCCACUUACACUACGCCCACACAAGAUCCGUCCACCUUGCAUCAUCCGAGCCAGGCCAACACUACUGUUCCUCUACAUCAUCAAACUGUGGCGGAUAAUAGGACCUCUAUGUCUUACCCUAGCCACAUGACUGACUCUGCUUACGUCAACACUGCGUCCACUCUUCCAUCUCAGGUAAUGAACAUGCUGCAUGCCAAUGUACCCUCUUCUAUGCAAUCCAUCAACAAUGCCGACUUUUCGUCCAACCAUCAGCUUCAUCCGUCCGCAUCGUCAUCAAUGCAACCGGAUGAGUGGAACAGAUCGGUCAACGGGUGGCCUUCCAGCCAAUCUACUCAAGGAACCGAUCCCGGAAGCACUACCUUUGCGCCCACCAUGUUCCCACAUUCGGGUGAUCAUUAUGUAUCGAAUCAUCCAUAUAACAGCAUGACGCACUCGCAUCAUUCCGGCAUGGAUUUGAAGACAUCUUUCUACUAUUCCGGACAGUUUGCUGCUGGAAUCCGCGGUCUGACAAUCUGACAGGAAGAUAAAAGUGCCCGAAACAUCAAUAUAGUGCUUCUGAAGUGCUUGAGAGCUUUGUUAAUCUUAGUCUUCUGAGCUUCUAGAUCAGUAUUUUUCUUGAGGUGUACGCGGAAUUUUGGUAACAUUUUAACCAUUUAAGGGACCCGCGGAAUUGAAAAUUACGGAGAUCUGUUUGUUAAGAAGACUUAAAAGAAUCAUCCCGAGGAUGAGGAUCGUCACGUGGUUUAUUUUUUAUCAUUAUUAAUUUUUUUUUUCUUGGCAGAAUUCUUUAUCUAACGUUAACGACUCAUCGUCUAAUAUUGUGCCUUCUAAAGCCUUUAACUGUGCCAAUCUUGUCCGCAAAUGGAAGCCUUUUUUAAUAUUAAUAUAAAAAUAAAAUAUUUAGUAUACAUUGAAUUAUAAAAUGGUUUUAUGAGGCCUUGCCUUCAGGAAGAAUUAUUUUGUAACGUUUGUAAAUAAAGCAGAUGAAUU